CCAUUACCAAAGCAAUAAAGCUCAAGGGCCCAGUGCUGUCGUGCCAGACCCCAAAAGCGGCUUUUAGGGGAGUGGUUUGAUCAAAUUUGGGAGCCGAAGCUUCACUCAUUCAGCUGUCGCGGGACUGGAAUUUCUCCCUCGACACCGCGGUCCAGUCGAUCGGUAAGGAAAGUGAGGAUAUGUGAAGGAUUUUUAAAGGAAGAGGUGAAGAACCGAUCUGAGAGACGUAGGUAGAGUGUCUGUUUUUUGGGGGAAUCAGAGCUGCCGGACUGGUUCGUCGGACAUCUGAUUGAACUGGUGUAGUUUAAAAUUUGGUUAAAUGACGAGGGCAGCUCGUUCUCUUGGAAGCGUGAUGCAAAAGGAGGCAGUUCGGUCAGUCUCAUCAGGUGUAAAUUUUGCCUCAACUAGGUUUCCAAAGUAUACAAUUGGACCUAAUAAUGUUCUUAUCGAGCCCAAAGAGGAUCCCAAAAUGCCCUCACUCAAGGAGAUUGUUGCCAAGGAGACUGCCCAACUGCUAGAGCAGCAGCAGCGGCUUUCUGUUCGUGACCUUGCCACAAGAUUUGAGAAGGGUCUAGCAACAGCUGCCAAGUUGUCUAAUGAGACUCGGUUAAGAGAAGUUGCUUCACUUGACAAGCAUGUCCUUUUGAAGAAACUCAGAGAUAUGCUGGAAAUACUAAGAGACCGUGUAGUGGGUCGAAACAAGGAUGAUGUGGAUGAGGCCAUCUCUAUGGUUGAAGCUCUAGCAGUUCAGCUCUCCCAAACAGAGGGAGAGUUAUUUCUUGAGAAAGAGGAGGUGAAAAAACUAGCAGCUUUUCUGAAGAAGGCUACUGAAGACGCGAAGAAAGUGGUUGAGGAGGAAAGGGCUCAUGCUCGAGCAGAAAUUGGCAAUGCCAGAGCAGCAGUGCAAAGAAUUGAGCAAGCCCUUAAUGAACGUGAAAAAUUAUCCGAAAUUGCAGAGAAACAA